AUGUCUCUGAUGGUAGUGGGCUGUUGUCGUAUCGCGAUGUUCAAACCUGCUCGGCCGAUAAGGGGAAUACUCAAGUUCCUGUCCCUCAAGGCGGCGGGACACACGAUUAUGUGCGUGGGGGCGAUGCUGCACACGCGCCACGGCAGUAGCAGCGACCAUGCAUGUGACGGAGAUUCAUGCAGCGGCCUCGAGCAAAGCAGGACAUUCUUUAGAGCCUAUGUAUCGUUUUCCAUUCGCCAUGCGUUUGACGAAUGUACCAACAUCAGGGGCAUGCGAUUCGCACAACCUGAGUCAAAAAUAUAUCCUGAUGUUAUAGAACCCAAGCAGCGAGAAGAAGGUCAGUUGCAGCCUACGUUUCAGGAGGGUCCUCUCACGCUAAAUCGGGCAUCAACAGCCGAGGCGGGGACGCCGAGUCGUCGAGGGCUGACGCUUGACCCAGUCGAGCCAUUCCAGCCAACAGAACCGUGUUCACCAGCUGUUGCCCAGCGCGUCGAAGCAGUCGUUACGGAUGAUUCGGAGCCAGCCAAUGAUAACCCUGCCACUUCGAACGUUGUCGCCGCGUCGCCAAAAGCGGCAAAGGAACAGGAGGCGUUGGAAAUUACCGAUGCAGAAGGAUUAGGAAGGCGGCCUGAGUCUUUCAGCGACCGCACGGCGCAGCACGAAGUGCAGGAAGAACCAGCGGCUGAUGACGCUAAGGAUCCCGCUGAACAUGGCUUAAUGUCCGAUGGGGAAUCUGAGUCUUCUGGGGAUACAUCUUCAAGCGCGUCUGAAAGUGACUCAACUAAAGAUGAGGAAUCCGACGACGAUGCUUCAUCGCAAGCUUCGUCGGCGAGAGACGCUGAUAAGGAGGAGGAGGACAAUCGCCAAUCGUCGGAUGAGGAGGGCGAACCGGAUGCAAUGUCCGAGGAUUCUUCAAUAGGGCUGGAGGCAUUUACGUUUGCUCCCGCUGCGCUAGUGGCUCUGGAACAAUUUCAUCUUAAGGACAAAGCGGAAAUUUUGUCGCGCCGGCUGGCAGGGAGGGCUUGUGUCCAGCUGCUUCAGUCGAUUUGCUUGCACGUUCUGGACACUGGUGCCGCUGCACAGAACUGCCAGCUAUUGCUGGCACAAAUUCAAGUUGUUGUACACGUUAUCGCGCACGCUCAGCAGAUUGGCGCCCGCAAGGCAGUUCGAAUGCUCCUUGAAGACCUUCAACCAAUACUUGUGGGCUCUGAGGCAGUCAUUAGAAGCUGGAGCCAUAAGGGCACUAUGAAAAAGUUUAUGUCUGGGCGGGCAGCGGAUGAAGAGUUCCUGGAGCUGCAUUUGCAGUUGAAGGAGUUUUCACAGUCCCCGGCCUUCGUGCACCUGUUCUCCUCGCUGCCCCCGGACGAGGCUGCGGAGCUCUCGGAGCUUCAGGCCAGUCAGCAGCUGGGCGGCUACACAUCCGUGGAGGCCAACCGGGCCGCCUUUGAGCGCCUGCUCCUGCUCUUCAUCCUGCGGUACAAACCCACCAAGGUCCGCACCCAGAGACAGAGGCUCGUGGACCUGCUCGCCGCGUACAACAAGGCGAGGAGCUGCGGAGGCGGCGACGGCAACCAGGAGGGGCAGGGCGGUGAAGGCGCCGACUUCGGCGGGAAGACGGUGGACGAGCAGAUUGAGCACUUGGCCAAGACGCGGCUGGGUCGUGCGGCCAAGCACGCGGUGCCGCUGAUGCAGGUGCUGAUGACCAACAUGUGGGGUGCGGAUCCGGCCUCGGUGCCGCCCUCUCGGGUGGGCAAGUGGCGCUUGGCGGUGCGGAUGGCGCUGGAGCCGCUGCGGGUCGCCACGGGGUCCCUGCAGCUGCCGCAGGUACCCGAGGAAGACGUGCAGGAGUGGGUGGAGUCGUAA